GCCGCCAUCUUGUGCCCGCCUGAGGGGCCUCGGCAGAGCACCGAGCGGGAAUUAUUUUGCUUUUUCCCCCUGCGGCAUGGCUGUGGUGCCACCGGAGAGCUCCCAAAGGGCCGAGAGAAGGGGAUCCUUUUCCCCUCGGGGGGUGUGAGGGCGCUUCCCAACAUUCCACUGAACACGCUCCCGCCAUCUUGUGCCCGCCCACAGGAGCUGCCGCCCCUCACGGCGCCGUUGCCCCGCAACGCCCGAGGGGCCGCGGCCGAUCGCGCUCCCUCAGGCGGGGCUGGGGCGGCGCGGCCCCGAUGGAGCCCACCAACUUCAUAGCCAAGGACAACAACUGGAAAAAUCGUAUUGAAAACGAAAGAGAUGCUGCAAAAAGAUGGGCUGAGAAAUGGGGAUUUUUGAAAACGCCUCUUGAAGAGUUGCUUGGAGAUGAAAAGAAAGAAGCUGCAAAGCCCAAGCUGCAGCUUCCAGAUCACCUGCAGGUUCGACCUGUGACACCUGUGGAAAAAUACAUUAAGGUGCUUCCAUCUCCUCCAGUACCAAAAACGACCCAGGGAUUUAUUGGCUGGAGAUCAGGUGUUCCAGCACUGGCACUUGAACACGAUUAUCAAAUCCAAAGCUGCAAAGGAUCUGUCUGUAGCAUGAAGUGACCAUGUGAGCCCUCUGGGUGACAUAUGAAAUAAAGAGGCACAAAGAUGCAUCUGCAUUCCUAAGGAGA